GUAACUUCACUUCGGGGCCGCUCGGCUCGGCUCGGCUCGGCUCGGUUUGUUUUCCCCCCGCCCUCCAGCGGACCGGAGCGACAUGAAAAGCGGAGUCCGCGGUUCUGGGUUCUUUGGAGUCAGGGCGGCCGGACCGAGCGGACCACGAACCGGAGCGGACCCACCGGGAUCACGGACCGGGACUGCCGCAUCAGUCUGCGGUGAUUCAGAGCCGAGAGGCCCCGCUCACACACCGGGCGGUCCGCUGCAGCCAAGCCGGGCUGCAGAGCACUCUUGGCGGCUGCAGCUGCUGGAAGCAUCCCGCUGAACGGACCGAACCAGGAUCUACCGGACCGACCGAGUCCUAGCCAUGUACCAGGUCCAGGUGAGUCCUGCUGCACACAGACCGGACCACAUUCAUGUGUCCAUCAGUCAGACACGUGAGCAGGUUUCAGGUCCACCUGGUCCGCAGGUGAGACCGGACCUGGUUCAGACCUGCAAAUAUGAAACCAGCAGAACCGGGGCGGAACCGAACCGAACCGAACCGGAGAGAAGAAAACCAGAAUUUAAUAAAAACAAACAAACAAACAAAAAAACGAUUUAAAAACAAACAAAAAAACUUCAGUUUAGAUUUCUGUGAGGGUGAAAGAGUGAAAGAGAGAAAGAGAGAAAGAGAGGACUUUACAUCAACAAACAAACAAACAAACAAACAACAAGAGGAUUAAAUUCAUUUAAUUCAAUUUAAUUAUGAGAUUCAAGGCUGGAAGCGGGUUAGACACUGGAGUUUUUCUGUCACUCUAUGUGUAUAAAUAUACAUAUUUAAUAUAUAGAUGUGUAUAUAUAUAUAUUAUAUACAUCUAUAUAUAUACAUAUAUAUAUAUAUAUAUAUAUAUAUAUAUAUAUAUUAUAUAUAUAUGUAUAUAUAUAUAUAAUAUAUAUAUAAAAUAUAUAUAUAUAUAUAUAUAUAUAUAUAUAUAUAUAUAUAUAUAUAUAUAUAUAUAGAUUAUAUAAUAUAUAUAUAUAUAUAUAUAUACAUAUAUAUAUAUAUAUAUAUAUAUAUAUAUAUAUAUAUAUGUAUAUUUCAACCACAUGCAGGAACUCUUGAGCUAAAACAGAAAAGUUGAAUCUGGAAAAAGAACAUUUUUACUAUUAUUAUUAUUGUUGUUGUUAUAAUUCCUGUAAAUCCUUAAAUCAGUCUGAAUAAUCUCAGAGUGAGUUUUUGACGCUGACCCCCCAGUUUCAUUCAGGACCAGGAUCCAGUCUGAGGAGGUUUUCAGAGUCAGGGUCUGUGUGUUCAGAAGGAGCCGAAAUAAAGAGAAAUAAAGACGGUCAACGUUUGACUGAAGAGACGAGAUCAAGUCAGAGUGUAAAUGUGUGUGUGUGUGUGUGUGUGUGUGUGUGUGUGUGUGUGUGUGUGUGUGUGUGUGUGUGUGUGUGUGUGUGUGUGUGUUGCUCCCUGCUGGGCUCCUCUUGAGGAGGUGGAGGCUGCAGCUUCAGUCUCCUCCUCCUCCUCCUCUGUCGUCCUCCUCACAGAUUUGUUGGUUUCUUUGGUUUCUUUAAGUUUCUGUCUUCGUUCGUUUUUUGUCCUCAGUUGUAAAUUUGUCUUCAGUCUCAUCGUGUCCAAAAAAACACACCAACAACAACAACAAGGACAGCAGCAACAGACACACAACAAAAACACACAAAUAAAAGAUGGAGGACAACAGCGGCGUGUUCUGAACAGAUCUGAGCAGACACAGAUCUAUGAUCGUUUAGCCCUGAUGGCGUCAGGAGUGAGUGAGUUUUUGAGGAGGUCACGGUUUACCUUCGGUACCUGAUAACUGUCUGAACGAAGUCUAAGGAACUCUCUGUACGGUGGCUGAGAAGGGUCAUGUAGUGUCUGAACGGCUGUGUUCCUCAUCACCUCCUGUAGAUCCAGCUGAAGUGUUUCUGAUCUUAGACUCUCUCUUUACUCUGAUGGAGGAUCAAUCAGGAGGAUGUUCACUUUGAAGGUCAGCUGAACCUCAAAGAUGAGGAUUCGGAUCAGCAGGACCUUCAGGGACGUUCAGCUGGAUGAGCUCUUGGCGUCAUGUUUCUCCGUGGAUGUUCACGUAGAUCUGAGGUGAACCUGGAGGAGAGAAGAGUCAGCAGACGGAUGAGAAGGUUCCUCUGGAGUUCAGAAGUCCUGUUUUCAUCCAAACCCUGUUGGAGGUUUUUCCUGAGGGAUGGACUCAGAGUCAGACCGGAGGUUUUACUGUCACUGUAGACCCUGAGUCUGAAAGGUCCACAGUCUUUAAGAGGACCUCAGAUCAAACUCCAGACACCUUCAACACGCUGAGCUGAUGACUGUUUAAAGCAGCCUAACCAAACCCCAUUAAAAAAAACACACAUUUAAAAUCCUCUCUCUGUCCUUCUGCUGUCAAACCGGACUGAUCCUGGAUUCAGAGACCAGGUCCAGGUGAAGACACGGACACGGACUUCAGGUCUGGUUUUGAUGACUCAGCUGCUUCACCAUGUUGGCGGCGGCAGGUCUUCUCACCUCAGGUUCAGUUCUUGGAGUUUUUGAUGGUGUUUGUUUUUUUCUGAUGUUGUUAAAAACCAGGACGUGGUCUGUCCCCGGUUCUCUGUCUUUACCCCGGACUCAGACAGGAACCUGGUCCAGCGGGGCUCGUUACAGACCGCCAUGUUGGAUGAGUUGACGAGCAGACGUCUGUGAAGGUGUGAACCGUGCUGGAGAUGAUCCUGAUCCAGGACUUCAGACUCUCUCUCAGAACUCUGGUCUGAAGUUCUGAUCACAGAAGAACCCAAACUCAGAGCGAAGCUGCAGACGGGUCUGAGGGAUCAGAGCAGCUGAUUGGACGUUUGAAGAGAAACAACAGGAAGCAGAAAUGUGAGCGGAGCGGCGGACUUUGAUGUUCUGCAGAGGAGAUGAAACGGAGACGCAGCAGGAGUCAGACACAACAAACAGGCUGUGAGGAGGACCAGGAAGACCAGGAACUCAACCUGGACCCAGAUCAGAGUCUGGACUCUCAUGAUCUUUAAACCGGGUUUAUGUUUGAUUUAGAUUAAAGAACCAAAUGAUCGACGAUGAAACGGAAAAAGGAGGUUUUCAGGGUCAUGAUGGUCCAAGGGUCAGGACCGCAUCAGUCCAGGACUCUCCUCCUACAGAGCCAUGCUGGUGUCAGAAUCUGGUUCUGGAUCAUCCUGAAGGUCUUCCCUGAAACAGUCCUGGUCUAGAUGGACGCAGAUGUUCCUCCUAAACCUGGAGAUGUUGUUUAAAACUGAGGAUGCAGCAUCUAGGAUUUCUCGUUCUAUGGUAAAAGGACAACUGGACUAAGAUCCGAGAGAAACCAGGAGACCAGAACCAGAACCUGAGGAGAACCAGAGCCCAGAGACGGACCUCUCUAGGACCUAAAGUUAAACCUUCAGGGUGUUCGACCGAGAGUUUCUGACCGUCCGUGUUCAGAGGGCUGAGAACACACACACACACACACGCACGCACGCACGCACGUACACGCGCACACGCACACGCACACACACACACACACGCACACGCACACGCACACGCACACACACACACACACACACACACAGCCUCUGGUGGGACUCGGUGGGUUUCAGUCCAUUAAGCGGCGAGUGUUCAGUCGCUGUUGUGUCAGGAGGCGAGGAAGAUUUCAUCAUCACAAGGUCACUGCUCAUGUUUUAUUAAAUCCUCUGAAAUGACUUCACACACUCACACACACACACACACACGCACACACACACACACACACACACACACACACACACACACUCUCACACACACACACACACACACACACACACACACUCCGAGUGUUAAUGAAGCCCUGAGGACUGAGGUUCCUCUGCAGACUGAUCCUUUAAACCUGAUCGAUCUCUGAGGAUCAGCCUGAUUAUUUAUUGUUUGUCACAUUGAUUAUUUAUUGAUUGAUUUGUAAACACAAUCAGCUGAUCCACCUCUCGAACAGACAGGAGUUUACCUCAGAGGACUCAGGAGCUGCUGCUCCACCAUCAGCUGGAGAUGGUCCCGUAUCUGAAGGGUCCCGCUGAGGUGGAUUUAGGGCUGAGCGAUCUGUGGAAAAGUUAAUCAGGAUAUAUUAUUGAUUUCCUAUCAGCUGAUAUCGAUCAAUAUCAGGAUCUAAAAAUCUAACAGUGUUUCUUGGUCUCAUGUCUUUUCCAACACAAUAAUCUCCUGCAUCUGUGAGGUCUUUGUGUCUCUUUGACGUUUUGUCGUAAAGUAUUCGGUAUUCCCCGACUUUGUGAGAACAUGUACUCGACAUAAUUUACAGUCCACAUUACUCUGCUUCAUGUCCGACCUCCAAAAACCAAAAUACCUCCACACCACCGCCGUUUUCCUAACGCCAGUGUUGUGGUUGACAUUGAUGUGGUCAUCUGUUGAGCCUUCAUGGUCAUUUCUGUCGGGGGUAGCACUCAUUUUCUUUGUUUCUCACCAACAGUGCUGUCGGCUUCACCUGUUAAAGUGCUAUGGUUGGGUGGAGCUGCUGUCUGCUACGACGCUGCAGUUGGUUGAUACUUGGUUCUAAUUCAGAACAUGAUUGGUUCAGACCCGGAGAAACUCCCCUUUUCAUUGGCUGUUCGUAUAGUCGACCAAAACAUGUCAGAAUGACGACUAUUGAAAAGGAUAUUGAUCAUGUUUGAUAUCGAUAUUGAAGUUAAUUUUGGAUAAAUAUCGUUUAAUCACCCAGCCCUAGAGGGACUGAAGCCUGUGAAUCGUAAAGAUGCUGAUCUGUGAUGUUGCUGCUUCAUGAGGAGGAUUUCAGCCCCUGAUGCUGUCAGGACCCGGGUUCAGGUCCAGCUGAGAGGACUGAGAGGACUGAGUGAACGAAGAAUCCUGUUUUUAUCUCAGCUUGAAGAUAAAUGUUUGAGGGAAAUCUGUCGAUUUUUUCAUCCUGAUUCCCGGUCGAGUUAAAAUCGACGGUAAAGACUGAACGACCGGAUCUCAGAGCAGGAGGCUGUUAUCAAAGUCAGGCAGGAUAAAGCUGUCAUCAUCUUCAUCUUCAUCAUCAUCAUCAUCAUCAUCAUCAUCAUCAUCAUCUUUAUCAUCUUCAUCAUCAUCUUCAUCUUCAUCAUCAUCAUCAUCAUCAUCUUUAUCAUCAUCAUCAUCAUCAUCAUCUUCAUUUUCAUCAUCAUCAUGAUCAUCAUCUUCAUCUUCAUCAUCAUCAUCUUCAUUAUCAUCUUCAUCAUCAUCAUCAUCAUCAUCAUCAUCUUCAUUAUCAUCAUCAUCAUCAUCUUCAUUAUCAUCAUCUUCAUCAUCAUCAUCUUCAACAUCUUCAUCUUCAUCUUCAUCUUUAUCAUUUUCAUCUUCAUCAUCUUCACCAUCUUCAUCAUCAUCUUCAUCAUCAUCAUCAUCAUCUUCAUCUUCAUCUUCAUCUUCAUCUUCAUCAUCUUCACCAUCUUCACCAUCUUCAUCAUCAUCUUCAUCAUCAGCAGCAGCUCUUCCUCAGUAGAAGCAGGAGUCUGUUUGAUGACCUCGUUGAGUGUGUCCUCUGCAGGCUCCCGUAGACGUCCUGUACUGUAGUUACAGUAAAGUCACGGGGGAACCUCAUCCAAGAAGAAUCAGCUGAGUCUCUGCAGGGAUAAAAAUACCUGAACUCACCUGGGGGAGCGUCCUCUCAGCACACUUUCACCUCUAUGAUGAUUCAUUUACCUGAGCAGCCAUCUUUGAUCACCUGACUCGCCUGGAGGUCAUCUGACUGUGUCUGUGAGAGACCAAGAUCAGAGCGAAGAGGGUCAAGAUCAGAGCGCAGGAACAGUCUCUGAGUCUCUGAGUCAGUUUUCUGUUUCCCCAGAAUUUCAGGAGUAUUUGUGGUACUCUCUGUUUUUGCAGCUGUAGUUAAAGUUGUAGGAUUGUUUCUGCAGUAGGGAUACUGAAGUAGCCAAUAGUUGUUGUAGUCCUGCAGUACCAGCUGUAAUAUUUCUGCAGUAGUAAUAGUACCAGUAGUGUUGUUCCUGUAGUAGUACCAGUGGUACCAGUACUUUUGUUCCUGCAGUAUUUCUCCAGUACUGACUGUGUUUGCUGGAGCAGCAGAUUCAUAGUUGUUGUUGUCUUUUUACAGUAUUUAAGGUCAGUAGUAUUCUCAGUAGUAUCAGUAGUAGUAUCAGUAGUAUCAGUAGUAUUAUCAGUAGUAUUAUCAGUAGUAUCAGUAGUAUUAUCAGUAGUAUCAUCAGUAGUAUCAGUAGUAUUAUCAGUAUUAUCAGUAGUAUAAUCAGUAGUAUCAGUAGUAUUAUCAGUAGUAUCAGUAGUAUUAUCAGUAGUAUCAGUAGUAUUAUCAGUAGUAUCAGUAGUAUUAUCAGUAUUAUCAGUAGUAUUAUCAGUAGUAUCAGUAGUAUAAUCAGUAGUAUCAGUAGUAUUUUCAGUAGUAUCAGUAGAAUUAUCAGUAUUAUCAGUUUUAUCAGUAGUAGUAUCAGUAGUAUCAGUAGUAUUAUCAGUAUUAUCAGUUUUAUCAGUAGUAGUAUCAGUAGUAUCAGUAGUAUUAUCAGUAUUAUCAGUAGUAUUAUCAGUAUUAUCAGUAGUAUCAGUAGUAUUAUCAGUAGUAUCAGUAGUAGUAUCAGUAGUAUAGGUAGUAUUAUCAGUAUUAUCAGUAGUAUCAGUAGUAUUAUCAGUAGUAUCAGUAGUAGUAUCAGUAGUAGUAUCAGUAUUAUCAGUAGUAUUAUCAGUAGUAUCAGUAGUAUAAUCAGUAGUAUCAGUAGAAUUAUCAGUAGUAUCAGUAUUAUCAGUAGUAUUAUCAGUAGUAUCAGUAGUAUUAUCAGUAGUAUCAGUAGUAUUAUCAGUAGUAUCAGUAUUAUCAGUAGUAUUAUCAGUAGUAUCAGUAGUAUCAGUAGUAUUAUCAGUAGUAUCAGUAGUAUAAUCAGUAGUAUCAGUAGUAUUAUCAGUAGUAUCAGUAUUAUCAGUAGUAUUAUCAGUAGUAUUAUCAGUAUUAUCAGUAGUAUCAGUAGUAUUAUCAGUAGUAUCAGUAGUAGUAUCAGUAGUAUAGGUAGUAUUAUCAGUAUUAUCAGUAGUAUCAGUAGUAUUAUCAGUAGUAUCAGUAGUAGUAUCAGUAGUAGUAUCAGUAUUAUCAGUAGUAUUAUCAGUAGUAUCAGUAGUAUAAUCAGUAGUAUCAGUAGUAUUAUCAGUAGUAUCAGUAGUUAUCAGUAGUAUUAUCAGUAGUAUCAGUAGUAUUAUCAGUAGUAUCAGUAGUAUUAUCAGUAGUAUCAGUAUUAUCAGUAGUAUUAUCAGUAGUAUCAGUAGUAUCAGUAGUAUUAUCAGUAGUAUCAGUAGUAUAAUCAGUAGUAUCAGUAGUAUUAUCAGUAGUAUCAGUAUUAUCAGUAGUAUUAUCAGUAGUAUUAUCAGUAGUAUCAGUAUUAUCAGUAGUAUAAUCAGUAGUAUCAGUAGUAUUAUCAGUAGUAUCAGUAUUAUCAGUAGUAUUAUCAGUAGUAUCAGUAGUAUAAUCAGUAGUAUCAGUAGUAUCAGUAGUAUUAUCAGUAGUAUCAGUAGUAUUAUCAGUAGUAUCAGUAGUAUAAUCAGUAGUAUCAGUAGUAUAAUCAGUAUUAUCAGUAGUAUCAGUAGUAUUAUCAGUAGUAUUAUCAGUAGUAUCAGUAGUAUCAGUAGUAUCAGUAGUAUCAGUAGUAUUAUCAGUAGUAUUAUCAGUAGUAUCAGUAGUAUUAUCAGUAGUAUCGGUAGUACUGUUGUUCCGGUGGUUCUCCGACGAGGAUGCUGACUCUGUUUGCUGAAGCAGCAGCUCAGCUCUGCUGGGACUCUGUCUGAUGGAGGACUGUUUGCUCAGCACAACACCAGGUUAUUUUUAGUCUGUCAACACACUCUCACACACACAGACACACACACACACACACACACACACACACACACACACACACACACACACACACACACUCACAGCUGGGUGAGUGUCACUGACGGUGUGAGGGAAUAAACCAGCAGAAACAGAGAGGUUCUGGGUUUCCUCUUUCAGCUGAGAUCAUCUAAUACUCAGUCAAAGUUUCUGAACAUUCAAACACUGAAACACACACACACACACACACACACACACACACACACUGAAACACACACACACACACACACAAACUGACACACUGGGAUUUGGUCUUUGCACAGGUGGUGAAACUGGAGCUGCAGAUAAAUCCAAAUCUGAAUCAGAUCAGAAAAAACUUAAACACAGACUCAACAUACAGUCAUACAGUCAAACAGUCAAACAGUCAAACAGUCAAACAGUCAAACAGUCAUACAGUCAAACAGUCGUACAGUCAUACAGUCAAACAGUCAAACAGUCGUACAGUCAUACAGUCAUACAGUCAACAGUCAUACAGUCAAACAGUCGUACAGUCAUACAGUCAUACAGUCAAACAGUCGUACAGUCAUACAGUCAAAUAGUCAAACAGUCAAACAGUCGUACAGUCAAACAGUCAUACAGUCAUACAGUCAAACAGUCAUACAGUCAAACAGUCGUACAGUCAUACAGUCAAACAGUCAAACAGUCAAACAGUCGUACAGUCAUACAGUCAUACAGUCAAACAGUCGUACAGUCAUACAGUCAAACAGUCAAACAGUCGUACAGUCAUACAGUCAAACAGUCAAACAGUCGUACAGUCAUACAGUCAUACAGUCAAACAGUCAUACAGUCAUACAGUCAAACAGUCAUACAGUCAUACAGUCAAACAGUCGUACAGUCAUACAGUCAAACAGUCAUACAGUCAUACAGUCAAACAGUCAUACAGUCAAACAGUCAUACAGUCAUACAGUCAUACAGUCAAACAGUUGUACAGUCAUACAGUCAAACAGUCAUACAGUCAUACAGUCAAACAGUUGUACAGUCAUACAGUCAAACAGUCGUACAGUCAAACAGUCAUACAGUCAUACAGUCAAACAGUCGUACAGUCAAACAGUCAAACAGUCAAACAGUCGUACAGUCAAACAGUCAAACAGUCAAACAGUCGUACAGUCAUACAGUCAAACAGUCAUACAGUCAUACAGUCAUACAGUCAUACAGUCAAACAGUCAUACAGUCAAACAGUCAUACAGUCAUACAGUCAAACAGUCAUACAGUCAAACAGUCGUACAGUCAUACAGUCAAACAGUCAUACAGUCAAACAGUCAAACAGUCAUACAGUCAAACAGUCAUACAGUCAAACAGUCGUACAGUCAUACAGUCAAACAGUCAAACAGUCAAACAGUCGUACAGUCAUACAGUCAUACAGUCAAACAGUCAUACAGUCAAACAGUCGUACAGUCAUACAGUCAUACAGUCAAACAGUCAAACAGUCAUACAGUCAAACAGUCGUACAGUCGUACAGUCAAACAGUCAUACAGUCAAACAGUCAUACAGUCAUACAGUCAAACAGUCAAACAGUCAUACAGUCAAACAGUCAUACAGUCAUACAGUCAAACAGUCAAACAGUCAUACAGUCGUUCAGUCAAACAGUCAAACAGUCAAACAGUCGUACAGUCAAACAGUCAUACAGUCGUUCAGUCAAACAGUCAAACAGUCAUACAGUCGUUCAGUCAAACAGUCAAACAGUCAAACAGUCAAACAGUCGUACAGUCGUACAGUCGUACAGUCGUACAGUCAUACAGUCAAACAGUCAUACAGUCAUACAGUCAUACAGUCAAACAGUCAAACAGUCAUACAGUCGUUCAGUCAAACAGUCAAACAGUCAAACAGUCAUACAGUCAAACAGUCAUACAGUCAAACAGUCGUACAGUCAUACAGUCGUACAGUCAAACAGUCGUACAGUCGUACAGUCAUACAGUCAAACAGUCAAACAGUCAAACAGUCAUACACUCAUACAGUCAAACAGUCGUACAGUCAAACAGUCAAACAGUCAAACAGUCGUACAGUCAAACAGUCAUACAGUCAAACAGUCAAACAGUCAAACUGUCGUACAGUCGCCUGUAUUCAUGCCUCAGUUAUACUGUGAACCAGUAACACUGAAACAUAAGUCAUUGAUUAGAAUCCUGUAAGUCAGAGGACAAAGUGUCGCCCCCUGUAGGACACCUUUAGCACAUGUGAAAGUCUGAAGACAAACCGUCGAUGUGGAGACUUAAAAUCCUGUGUGUCUUUAAAAAAAACUAUGAGUUUAUAUCAGUUUUAGGAGUUUCUUCUUCAAAUAAACACUGUUGUGUUUUUUCACUGUUUCAAUAAGAAGUGUGUGUUUGUAGAAGUCGUACCUCUACUGAACUAUCCUCCUGUAAACGAGUUCGUUUCUGCUGCAAAGUUAAACACUGCAGGACACAGCCCCUGGUGGACGGUGGAGGAACUGCAGGUUUUCAUCACAACAGUUGAUGAAAAGUUUCAGCUCUGCAGGUUUGAGGUCUGGUUCCCCUCAGAGGACCUGCUCACUGACAGCAGACUCAGACAGAGUCCUGGGGACUGAUGUGGACCGGGUCGGUCCUGCUGAAGGAGGAGCAGAUUUAGAGAUGUUAGAGCAGCUCUCCUCCUCCUCCUCCACCUCCUCCUCCUCCAUCAUCAUCAUGUCUGUAUAUCUAAUAAUAACACAGAGGCUGAUGUUUUAUUGAUAAACUCCUCCUGCUGCUGCUGCUGCUGCUGCUGCAUGCUGCGCUCUCUCAGCCCCCCACCUCUCUCUCUCUCUCAGCCCCCCACCUCUCUCUCUCUCUCAGCCCCCCACCUCCCUCUCUCUCCUCUCUCUCUCUCUCUCUCUCUCUCUCUCUCUCUCUCUCUCCCUCUCUCUCCCUCUCCCUCCCUCUCUCUCUCUCCCCCCCUCUCUCUCCCUCUCCCUCUCUCCCUCUCUCUCUCUCUCUCUCUCUCAGCUCUGCCAGGACUCAGCAGGAGGUUCAGGUGUUUGCUCUCACCUGUGCUCUGCUCUGACAGGUGUGAGGGUAGAGGAAGGUUCUGGAUGUUCUCGCUCAGAUGACCUCUGUGUUCGAACUCUUGAGCUCCAGCUCUGCUCUAGUAGAAGUAUUAAUUAUACAUCUAGAUCUCUUGGAUCUAGAUCCAGAACUUUUAACCCAAACCCUGUAUCUGGACCUCUGAGCUCCUCAUGUCUUGGUUGUUUCAGGUCUAAACUCCAGUUCUUGGAUCAGAUCUUCAGCUGAAUGUUUGUUUAUCUAGAUUUGUGUAUCUACGUGAUCCAGAGACAUCUAUAGGAGAUUCCUAAUCCAGAUCAUAGACCAGUCUUCGUUAAUAGAGACCUCUUAAAGUGGAUCCUUUCCGUCCUGGAUCAUCCUCCUGGAUCUAGACUCUGAUAUCUUGAAGUCCAGAUUGGGGAUGUGGAUUUGGACCUCUGUACGUACGUAGACUGGAUUCUUGUGCUCAGAUCCUUAAAUCUAGAUCUAGGUCUGCGGUCAGUAUCCAUGGUGACAGGGUCAGGGUCUCCUCUGUGGGUUCACCGUCACAGCGCUAAGUGCUCUCUGCUGUCAGAGCAGAUCCGCUCAGAGGGGCGUGAGUUUAUCUGCAGUUUAAAGGGACAGUACAGCCCCGCCCCGGAGGUCAAAGGUCGUACAUUCGUCCAGAUCCAUGCAGAAAAACUUCAGAUCAGGAUUUUGAAUCUAGUUCCUGUAAAUAGAUUUUUUAUAAUGAGGAUAUUUCGUGGUCUGCUCCAUGACGUGGAUUUUGUUGAGGGUUGGAUCUAGAUCCUCGUCUCUAGACUGUGAGCUCUCGUUCAGAUCGGUAUUUAAGCUCUUCAAACAUCUGUCUUUAUAAACACGUCAAUGUUUCAGACACGUCUCUGUCAUCGUCUCUCUGUUUGUCUUUUAAACUCCACAGAGACAUGAGAGACAUCUAUGUUUAAAGUCUAUUCAGUCAGAAACAGAACAAAGACAAUAAAAACCAAACAGGUGAGAAGUUCCACCUGAGGAGGUCACGGAGGAGGUCCAGGACCAGGGCUGCAAAAUUCUGAGGAUGUUCAAAGUCGGAAACUUUCGUGAGAAUUAACGAGAAAAAAUCUGAACCGUCUAAAACUGUCGACCCUCAACAGGAACUUUAAUGUAGUCGGUGAAAGAUCUUGUUUUUUAAUCUUGACUAAAACAACCAGAUUUCCUUGAACCCUGGAGGCCAAACUUUAGAGCCUGCAGACAUUUAAACCCACGACUGUAGAGAGUCAGGCUCUGAUGAUAUUAUAGGGUCAACAGAUUUGAUCUGUGAUAGUGUUAAUAUUUCAAUAAAAACAGCUGUUAAAUGUUAUUUUUAUUUCAUCGACCAUUAAAGGGGCGAGUUUAUUCAGGUGGUCGUUUCUUCAGAUCCUGUUUCUUCAGACGGUUUUCUGUAACUAAAACAAUCAUUUAGACAUCGAUUAUUAAAUAUUUUAAAGAUCGUUCCAGUUAUUUAUCCGACUAUAUUUCUGUUCAUGUUUUUGUUUUUUUGUGUUUUUACAAACUUUUUUUACUUAUUUUAUUCAACAGAAAAACGUCACGUUCACCGUCUGACCUGUGGAAGAAUUUACACCAGAUAAAAUAUUUACAUUUAUGUUUAAAGACGAUAAAGUUUCUUUAAAUUAACACCAAUUUACAGUUAAAUCCCAGUAAUUCCCACAAAAAGUUUCCAGUUUGGAAAAUUUCCUAAACUCUCCAGUUUAACUUAAGUUCCUGGAAAUGUACCGCCCCCCUUUACGACCCGGUUCAGGACUCUGAGAGAGACCGCCUGAGUUUCAGAAUCAAGUUCCUGAGUGGACUUCAUCGUCUACAGAGGAUCUGGAGAAACCUCUGUUCUAAAGGGGGACCAGGACCAGAACCAGGACUGGAUGGUCCUGAUCUUCAGGGCGUUAAAAACAGACAGGACUCAUGGAAAGGACAACUGGACUAAGUGGAGACGUUUGGACUGAGUGAGUCCAGUUGUCCUUUCAACAAAGAACUAGAAAUCCUAGAUGCUGUGAGAUCAGCUUUAAGAUGAAGAAGCUUUUUCAGUCUCAGUGUUUUUUUCUUUGCUCUGUUUGAUAAAAAUGGUUUUAAAAAUCACUAAAAUCUCUUUGAAACUCUUUUAAACCGUCGUGACGUGAACCCCUCGUCAGUCGAACUCGUCUUCACGUUGGGCUCGUGUGUUUCUUUUCUCAUCCUUGUCUCCGUCCUCAUGUCUCCGUCCUCAUGUCUCCUUCCUCAUGUCUCCGUCCUCAUCCUCACAUGUUCCAGUUCUCCUCUCAGAAAUGCUGACAUCCUGUUUCAAAAUAAGAGUGAGAUUGGAGCUUUGUUUUGAAAGGGUGUUGGCUGCCUGAAUGUAAACAUCCUGUCAAUCUGCCUGUUGUAGGGGAAAGGGGAAAGUGUCGUUGCCAUGGUGCUGAAGGAGCUUCCUGGUAAAAAGGCCUCCUCAGAAGGAAACCCCCUCCUCACCGUGACAACCAAGGUUGGCAUGACGACCAUGCUUGUUGUUCUCCUCUCUUUUCUUUGCUCCGCCCUUUUCUUUCUUCCUUCCUGCCUGAUCUCCAUCCUCCACUUUGUGUUUGUCCACCUGGACCCUCAAAGAUCAGGUCAUCCAGGUGUCCUCCUCCAUCUUUGUGUCCGGGUCGUCUGACUCCUCCCCCUCUCUGUGUUUUCGUUCCCCUCCUCCUGUCUGACCUCCGCGCCGCCGUUUCUGUCCGCUCAGCCCAAACAUGGCGUGACGUUUAAGGCGGAUGUUUUUUUAAGCGGCGGAGGAUCUGCUGCUGCUGCUGCUGCUGCUGCGCUCUUUGUCAGGAUUAAACAUAUUCCAGCCGCCGUGUGGGCGGCGGACACGGCUGUGUGGAUUAGGAUUAGACACACACACACACACACACACACACACACACACACACACACACACACACACACACACACACACACACACACGCACACACACACAGAUCUGCUAUCAGGUUAAAUCAGGCCUCAGACACCACCUCUCACAGCUUUGACUUCUUACUACAUUUCCCAGAAUGCCUUUCUGUGACACCAGGCAGUGAUUAGCUGUUAGAGGGACUCAUUCAUUCAAAGGUUAAAGGUCACAGGUCCUGAUCCGAACUGAUGCUGCGUCCGAGUUUCCUCGGAGGUCGGAGGUCGGAGCUGAAAACGACGUCACACCCGAGUUACCAAGUCGGAAAAAAGCGAAAUCGGAGGAGGAACAAGAUGGUUACGUCUACAACAGUUACUUUAGCGCUCGGCCUGUCAGAGGAUAAAGGAAACGCUAAAUUAACUUUCGCAGACGUAACCAUCUACGCUGGGAACUCAGGCGUGACGUCGUUUUCAGCUCCGACCUCCGACCUCCGAGGAAACUCAGACGCAGCAUCAGGAACUGUUCAGUGUCUCCGAACGUCCACAAACACCAGCCUGAAUCAGCUGAUCACCAAUCAGCCAAUCAGCUGAUGGAUGUUCAUUUCGCCUCCUCUGCUAACCGCUUUAAGACCCGCCUCCACCUCAGCUCCUCCUCCCUCAGCCCCGCCCCCGUAUUAAGAUAACGUCUGUGUCCUAAAUGGAUCCCUGACUCCUCUGUAGGCAUGAAGAAUUGCAGUGACCAUCCAAUGGUCACUCACCGGUGGUGGGCGUCCCAUCAUGCAUUGCGCCUUGCGUUUGAGCUUCACGACAGAGACCACAUUUGGGGUCAGGGGUCAUGUAGGACACAGUCAGAGACUCUCAGACUGGACUUUGUUGACGGUCCGUUGUCAUGGUAACGAUGAUCUCAGUGUAAUGAUCACACUCAUGUUAUUGACGAGGUUAGCUGGGUUUGGAUGUUGUUGAGAACCUGUCCUGGAGGGGUGGAGGUCCGAGUCCUGGAUCAGCUGUUUGAUGAAGAUCUUUAGAUGUUCCGCUGAUGUGGACUCAGAGUCAAACUCUGAACUCUGCAGGUCCUUCAGUCUCUCCAGAACCCGGUUCCUGUCUCUGCGGUUCUUCCUCUGAUCCAGACAGAGCAGAAACUCCUCAGUCCUCCUCGGUCCUCCUUAGUCCUCCUCAGUCCUCCUCAGUCCUCCUCAGUCCUCAGUCCUCAGUCCUCCUCAGUCCUCCUCAGCCCUCCUCAGUCCUCCUCAGUCCUCCUCAGUCCUCCUCAGUCCUCCUCAGUCCUCAGUCCUCAGUCCUCCUCAGUCCUCCUCAGCCCUCCUCGGUCCUCCUCAGUCCUCCUCAGUCCUCCUCAGUCCUCCUCAGUCCUCAGUCCUCAGUCCUCCUCAGUCCUCCUCAGCCCUCCUCGGUCCUCCUCAGUCCUCCUCAGUCCUCAGUCCUCCUCGGUCCUCCUCAGUCCUCCUCAGUCCUCCUCAGUCCUCCUCGGUCCUCAGUCCUCCUCAGUCCUCCUUAGUCCUCCUCAGUCCUCCUCAGUCCUCCUCAGCCCUCCUCGGUCCUCCUCAGUCCUCCUCAGUCCUCAGUCCUCCUCGGUCCUCCUCAGUCCUCCUCAGUCCUCCUCAGUCCUCAGUCCUCCUCAGUCCUUCUCAGUCCUCCUCAGUCCUCCUUAGUCCUCCUCAGUCCUCCUCAGUCCUCCUCAGUCCUCCUUAGUCCUCCUCAGUCCUCCUCAGUCCUCCUCAGUCCUCAGUCCUCCUCAGUCCUCAGUCCUCAGUCCUCCUCAGUCCUCCUCAGUCCUCCUUAGUCCUCCUCAGUCCUCCUCAGUCCUCCUCAGUCCUCCUUAGUCCUCCUCAGUCCUCAGUCCUCCUCAGUCCUCCUCAGUCCUCCUCAGUCCUCCUCAGUCCUCCUUAGUCCUCCUCAGUCCUCCUCAGUCCUCCUCAGUCCUCAGUCCUCCUCAGUCCUCAGUCCUCAGUCCUCCUCAGUCCUCCUCAGUCCUCCUCAGUCCUCAGUCCUCCUCGGUCCUCCUCAGUCCUCCUCAGUCCUCCUCAGUCCUCCUCAGUCCUCAGUCCUCCUCAGUCCUCAGUCCUCAGUCCUCCUCAGUCCUCCUCAGUCCUCCUCAGUCCUCAGUCCUCCUCGGUCCUCCUCAGCCCUCCUCGGUCCUCCUCAGUCCUCCUCAGUCCUCAGUCCUCCUCAGUCCUCCUCAGUCCUCCUCAUUCCUCCUCAUUCCUCCUCAGUCCUCCUCAGUCCUCCUCAGUCCUCCUUAGUCCUCCUUAGUCCUCCUCAGUCCUCCUCAGUCCUCCUCAGUCCUCCUCAGUCCUCAGUCCUCCUCAGUCCUUCUCAGUCCUCCUCAGUCCUCCUUAGUCCUCCUCAGUCCUCCUCAGUCCUCCUCAGUCCUCCUUAGUCCUCCUCAGUCCUCCUUAGUCCUCCUCAGUCCUCCUCAGUCCUCCUCAGUCCUCAGUCCUCCUCAGUCCUCAGUCCUCAGUCCUCCUCAGUCCUCCUCAGCCCUCCUCGGUCCUCCUCAGUCCUCCUCAGUCCUCCUCGGUCCUCCUCAGUCCUCCUCAGUCCUCCUCAGUCCUCCUCGGUCCUCAGUCCUCCUCAGUCCUCCUUAGUCCUCCUCAGUCCUCCUCAGUCCUCCUCAGCCCUCCUCGGUCCUCCUCAGUCCUCCUCAGUCCUCAGUCCUCCUCGGUCCUCCUCAGUCCUCCUCAGUCCUCAGUCCUCCUCAGUCCUCCUCAGUCCUCCUCAGUCCUCCUUAGUCCUCCUCAGUCCUCCUCAGUCCUCCUCAGUCCUCCUCAGUCCUCCUUAGUCCUCCUCAGUCCUCAGUCCUCCUCGGUCCUCCUCAGUCCUCCUCAGUCCUCCUAAGUCCUCCUCGGUCCUCCUCAGUCCUCCUCGGUCCUCCUCAGUCCUCCUCAGUCCUCCUCAGUCCUCCUCGGUUGAUGAAUUAGAGGUUGUUACAGCAGCAGCAGAAGUUCAUGAAUAGAUUGAAGUUAAAAUCCUGGAGCUGCUCCAAACAAACAAACAGAGAGACUCUGUAGACCUGAGAAGAUGAUGAUGAAGAUGAUGAAGAUGAUGAAGAUGAUGAUGAAGAUGAUGAAGAUGAUGAUGAAGAUGAUGAUGAUGAUGAGGAUGAUGAUGAGCAGGAUUGAAUCCUGUUAGUGAGUCACUCAGAAUCCCUUCAUUAUCCUCCCAUCAUGCUCUUCUGCAGAGGAGAGAACCUCCGCCCAUAUAAGGAGCUUCCUCCCUCCAGUCAUGCUUCCUGUUUAUUUGUUGUUGUUUGUAAACAUCGAGCUGACUCAUGUUUGUGAGAGUGAGGUCAGAGGUCAGAUCGACAAAAUAACGACAAAGAAAAAACGACAAAACCUGAAAGUCCUAAAAGUGAGCGUGACAGAGAGAGCGCAGUAAACAUCGCAUGAGAGAAGGUUAGGAGCAGAGUUUGAAAAACUGCAGAAGAAGAAGAAGAGCGUUGGAGGAGUGCAGCUCAGAGACACCAGGGUGCGAUAAAGAGUCAGUGACGUUCAGAAACGCAGCACUUCCUGUUUUCUGAUUGAAUCGUUGAAGCUGUUCUACCUCUUCUUCUUCUUCUUCUUCUUCUUCUUCUUUUUCUUCUUCUUCUUCUUCUUCUUCUUCUUCUUCUUCUUCUUCUUCUUCUUCUUCUUCUUCUUCUCCUUCUUCUACUUCUUCUCCUUCUUCUUCUUCUUCUUCUUCUUCUUCUUCUUCUUCUUCUUCUUCUGUGUGCUUUAUUUUGACGCUGCGCCUCAGUCCUCACUUCCUGUUUCUCCUCCUCCUCGCCUCCAGCUGGUCCGGGAGCAGCAGGAGAGUCGACCCUUGCUGAGUCCCUCCAUCGAUGACUUCCUGUCGGAGAGCCGGAGCGACGCCCCCUCCACCCGACCCCUCGCCUCCAACACAGCAGGUAGACCUCCAUCAAUCAUGUCCUCCUCAGGCCUCAGCCUCCCCGUCCCGCUCUUUACCUCCUCCUCUCUCUGUCCUCCUCCUCUCCUCCUCCUCAGAGAUCUUGUCUUCCCCUCUCACCUGUAAACUCACAGACCCGGGUCAGUGAAGGUUGGAUCCUCUGAUCUGGUCUAUUUCAGUCCCUCUGACUCUGAUCUUCAUUCUUCUUCUUCAGACUCGUUCGUCUCUCUGACCUCCUCAUCAUUUAUUCUUACUGAUGCUCCUCAAACUUUUACUUUCUUAACCAUACUUCCUCCUCUCAGCUCCCUGUUUUCUCUCGGUUUCCUCCUCUCUCGCUCUCCCUCCUUCCUUCCCCAUCCCCCUCUCCCUCUCUCUCUCUCUCUCCCUCUCUCUCUCUCCCUCUCCCUCCCUCCCUCCCCGUCCUCCUCUGUCUCGGUGUCCUUGUCCGUCCUCGGUCCCCCUCUCGGCCCAUCUGUCCCCUGUCCUCUCAGCAGGUCCUCGGGUCUUUAAUUAACACCUCUGACCUGCUGUGUCCUCCUCCUGUCUCCUCUCCUCUCUCUCUCCUCCUCUCCUCCUCUCCUCCUCCUCCUCCUCUCCUCUCCUCUCCUCUCCUCCUCUCCUCCUCUCCUCCUCCUCCUGUCUCCCUCCUCUCCUCCUCCUCCUCUCCUCCUCUCCUCCUCUCCUCCUCUCCUCCUCUCCUCCUCUCCUCUCCUCCUCUCCUCCUCCUGUCUCCUCCUCUCCUCCUCUCCUCCUCCUGUCUCCUCUCCUCCUCUCCUCCUCUCCUCCUCUCCUCUCCUCCUCCUCUCCUCCUGUCUCCUCCUCUCCUCCUCUCCUCCUCUCCUCCUCCUCUCCUCCUCCUCUCCUCCUCCUCUCCUCCUCCUCUCCUCCUCCUCCUCUCCUCUCCUCCUCUCCUCCUCCUCUCCUCCUCCUCGGUUCGUUUGUUUCUGUCUUUUCGUUGAAGAGGAGACAGCAGCUGAAGUUUCUCGGAGGUCCAGACUCUGGUGUCCCGUUUCAAAGUCCUUUAGAGGACUCUGUGGGUCAGCUGAGUCCAGGACAGAACCGGACUCCUGAAAAUGAAGAUGUAAUCGAAUCUUCAUCGACCCGGUCUAACAAAACCUCCAGAACCCGGACCAGAAUAUAUCCAAUCAAUCCAGACUGGAGGACUCUUUAGACCUGCAGUCCUCCACUAAGACCACAGGGACCGGAUCAGACCGGGACGGGGUCAAGGACUCCCUGUUUAGGAGGAUUUCCUCCAAACCAAACUAGUCCAGGUUCAGGUUUUACUCCCUGGACUCUGGGUCUGGGACUUUAGUUUAAAAGGUCUUAGAGGUGAAGGGGAUCUCAGUCCUCCACCAGGACCUUCAGAUCCUGUAGUCCAUGAUCUGUUUGGACCUGAGCUCCUGUUGAUCCAGGAGAGGAGGUCCUGAGGUCCUCCAGGAGUCCUCCAGGAGACCUGUUUGUGUUGUUGAUGUGUGUCAGACCUCAUGGGUCCUGAAGUCCCGAGUCUAACCCUCUUCCUGUUGUGUGUCAGUCCUGUCCACAGCCCUGGACCUGGUGGACCUCAGUGAUCCGGGGGAGAGCAGCGGGGGCAGUAAUGGAGGCAGUGUGGGGGGUCACAGUGUGGGGGGUCACAGUGUGGGGGGUCACAGUGUGGGGGGUCACAGUGUGGGGGUCAGCAUCGGGAACAAGGAGCAGAGGAGGAGUCCUCUGAGGAGGAAGGGCAGCUCCAAGAGUCCACGACGAAAGACCAGACCUGAUGAGACGGAGCUGAUCCAGGUGGAGGUGGACCACCUGCCCCCCAGUCCCAGAACACCUGAGAGGAUCUCCCUGGACUCAGGUACAGGAUCUCAAAUCCAGGAUCACGACCUUUAAAUUUACCAAAAACCUCCUCAGACAUAAAAAACAGACCGGACUCUGGAGUGGGACUCAGAACCACUUCAGAACCACCGACUGUGAACCGGAGCGGGACCAUAAAACCAUAAAACGAUAUUUAUCCAAAAUUAACUUAAAACUAACCCUAAAUAUCAAUAUAAAACAUGAUCAAUAUCCUUUUCAAUAUUGAUACGAACAGCCAAUGAAAAGGGGCGUGUCUCCGGGUCUGAACCAAUCAUGUUCUGAAUUAGAACCAAGUAUCAACCAACUGCAGCAAAGUCGUAGCAGACAGCAGCUCCACCCAACCAUAGCACUUUAACAGGUGAAGCCGACAGCACUGUUGGUGAGAAACAAAGAAAAUGAGUGCUACCCCCGACAGAAAUGACCAUGAAGGCUCAACAGAUGACCACAUCAAUGUCAACCACAACACUGGCGUUAGGAAAACGUCGGUGGUGUGGAGGUUAAUCUCCACCUUCAUCCUGAUCGUCGACUAAAAGGUCGUAUCCUCCGAUCGUACGGCGAUAAUUCGGUUUUCUCGAGUGUCAUGGAAACGGACUGAAUGAUUUCUAAUUCUACGAUGGAAGGACGACUGGACUUAGUCGAGACGUUUCUCCUAAGGUCCAGUCGUCCUUUCAUCGUCAAACUGGACAUCGUCUCUAACCUGACAGUAUAACUGAAACGUCUCGUCCUCAUCACCAAAUUUCAGAGGGAUUAAAACUCAGAAAUCCUGAUCAGCUGUUUUUAGCUUCCUCUCCUGGUUCAUUUGGUUAAAAGCUCUGAUCCUCUGAGUGGAGGGUCUAAAUAAAGAGGCUGGAUUUAAUCUGGGCUUUUACUCUGAUAGGAGGUGAACUUCCUGUUUGACCUCUGUGUCUCCUUGGUUGUUAAUCUGGAGUCUCUCAGGUUCUGGUUCUGAUCAGUCCUGUUCUGUUCUCAGUCAGCCUGUCCUCUCCUCUGGAUAAAUGGGAGGACGUGAACCUGGACGUGGAGGACGGAGGACGCAGACGCCACGAGAAGAGAUGCACCUCCCACCACUCCUCCAGCGAGCUGCUGUGGUAAAUGUCUCUGUGAGCCGACUGGUCCAGAUCUUAGACCGGGAUCAGAUCUGUCCUGAACUCUGCAGCCUCUGGGGGGCGCUAACACAGCUUCUCUAAGGGGUCUGUCUUUGGUGUUUUCAGGUCUGCAGAGUUUAAAACCGACCCUCUGAGCAAGACCGCCUUCGACAUCCACAGCUUCGACGAUCUGGACUUCACAACGCCCCCGACAACACAGGUCAGCCGGAGUCUCUGGAGAGACGCAGAGGACAAGAUACAGUCAGAUACACAACACUGAGGACAAGAUACAGUCAGAUACAGUCAGAUACACAAGAUACAGUCAGAUACAGUCAGAUACACAAGAUACAGUCAGAUACACAAGAUACAGUCAGAUACAGUCAGAUACACAAGAUACAGUCAGAUACAGUCAGAUACAGUCAGAUACACAAGAUACAGUCAGAUACACAAGACUGACACCAAGAUACAGUCAGAUACAGUCAGAUACAGUCAGAUACACAAGAUACAGUCAGAUACAGUCAGAUACACAAGAUACAGUCAGAUACACAACACUGAGGACAAGAUACAGUCAGAUACAGUCAGAUACAGUCAGAUACACAAGAUACAGUCAGAUACACAAGAUACAGUCAGAUACAGUCAGAUACACAAGAUACAGUCAGAUACACAACACUGAGGACAAGAUACAGUCAGAUACAGUCAGAUACAGUCAGAUACACAAGAUACAGUCAGAUACACAAGAUACACAAGAUACAGUCAGAUACACAAGAUACAGUCAGAUACACAAGAUACAGUCAGAUACAGUCAGAUACACAAGAUACAGUCAGAUACACAAGAUACAGUCAGAUACACAAGAUACAGUCAGAUACAGUCAGAUACACAAGAUACAGUCAGAUACAAGACUGACGCCAAGAUACAGUCAGAUACACAAGAUACAGGACUGACGCCAAGAUACAGUCAGAUACAGUCAGAUUCACAAGAUACAGUCAGAUACAGUCAGAUACACAAGAUACAGUCAGAUACAGUCAGAUACACAAGAUACAGUCAGAUACAGUCAGAUACACAAGAUACAGUCAGAUACAAGACUGACGCCAAGAUACAGUCAGAUACACAAGAUACAGUCAGAUACAGUCAGAUACACAAGAUACAGUCAGAUACAGUCAGAUACACAAGAUACAGUCAGAUACAAGACUGACGCCAAGAUACAGUCAGAUACACAAGAUACAGUCAGAUACAGUCAGAUACAGUCAGAUACAAGACUGACGCCAAAAUACAGUCAGAUACACAAGACUGAGGCCAAGAUACAGUCAGAUACAGUCAGAUACAGUCAGAUACAGGGGGGAUUUAGGGGGCGGAGCUUAUCAUGUCUGAUCCAGGUGGAGGUGAGCGUGUGAACAGCAGGUCUCUGAAGAGUCAGUGUUGGACAGUGAAGGACCUUCAUAGUGAACCACCUCUUCAUUCUUUUAUAUCUACAGAUAAAGAAUUUAAUACUCAGACCUCUACAGUCGACAUAUUCAGAGUGUCUGAUUUUAGUCUGGAGUCUAAAGACAGACAGACUCAGUGAGUAGUUCAGGGAGUGUGGGAUAAAACAGUUUCAGGUCUGUGAACGUCUCUUUACAUCAAACUUUGACUUUCUGCUCAAGUUUGUUCGACUCAGUGAGUUUAUUUUACUGACAGCUGCUGGCUGACCUUCCUCUGUGUGUGUGUGUGUGUGUGUGUGUGUGUGUGUGUGUGUGUGUUGUCAGGACUGUGGGGCGUCCAGGCAGCGCAGACGGACUCGCUCCCUUCUGGCCAGAAAGGAAUCUCUGGAGGACGAGUUUGUCAGAGCGAAGGCUGCUGUGGAGGUAUUCACACACACACACACACACACACACACACACACACACACACACACACACACACACACACACACACACACACACACUCACACACACACACACACACACCUGAGAGUGUCCCUGUUAAGAUGUUCUGACUUUAGAAACAGAAACUCUCUGAAGUCCGAGGUCGUCGUCGUCGUCGUUCUAAUGAAGUCACACCUGUUAUCUUUGGUUGACCUUUGACCCUGUCAGUCCAGGACUCCUGUAGGUUAGCUCAGCGUGUUUGGCAGCUCUGAAAACUCCUCAUCUAUUGUAUCCUCCGAUCGUAGCUGAUCGUAACCAUUCAAGUUAACGUGUCAAUUUACACCGACUUCUUUCCGUUCCUCUGAGGAUCGCCGGACUCCUCAGCUGAUCACAAGAGUUCUAUUUUUUCUGGACGCCGGAGCAUGGUGGAUAAAUUCAGCACAGAUUAACCCGUGCUGGAAAGGAAGUCGGGCACAGACACAAAAUAAAACAUCCGGCUUCUUUUCAAAAUAAAACACGAACGACAAACAAGUGAAAGGUUUUUAGACGUCAUUUCACCCCGAUGACACCAUGGAUGAGGAGAUGCUGAUUCUAGAAGUCUAGAAGUAGAUUUCCUCCUCUGGAAGGACACAAUCUACUGCUUAUAUGUCUAUGUGUCUGUCUUUAGAGAGACGACUCGUUAUCGUGAGAUUGAACGUGAGUUCUCGUGAUUCCUGUUGUCUGUAAUCCGCCACAAAAUUCACCUUCACCAGUAGGAAUUGGCGGACGGCAAAAAUCGCCGCCGUUCCGGAUGCGUUGAAAAUCCCGGGUAAGACCUUCCUGUUUCCUGUCUUGACGGCCUCUGUGACCCGGUUUCAUGAAUGAAGGUUAUUAGUGGAGAUGAUGACCCAGCAGAGUCUCUGCGUCCUGGGAAAGUGCUGGUCCUGCAGUCUGAGGUUUAAGGUUUCACAGAUCAGCUGAUCCUCAGAAACUGAUCCCCCCAGUAUGAAGAUCCUCCCUGGACUUCCUGUCAUGGGAGGACUCUGAGAGUGCUGACUCAGACCAGCAGACACCGUGGAAUAUCCCUUUAAUACCUGCCGUGUGUCCUCGGUUCUGUGUGUUUCAGUCGGAUACGGAGUUCUGGGAUAAGAUGCAGGCGGAGUGGGAGGAGCUCGCUCGGAGGAACUGGCUGGAGGAGUCUGAGAGUCAGGGUCCGGUCCAGCCCUCCGUCUCUCCUGUGGAGAAGGUGAGUCCAAACUGAACCUCAGUGACCCUCUGAGGGUGAAAGGUAAGGAUGAUGGGAGUUUACCAGAACCUGCAGUUCUCCCAGUGUCCACUAGAGGCUGCGUCCUGCAGUGAGUCAGUCCCCAUAGAGCCCCAUGUUAAAAAACAGAGAACACGACCACAGCAAGGGUUCAAAAGAGGGCGGGGCCUCUCACCUAGAUCAGAGUCAGGACUAAACUCACCUUUCAAUGUUCGAUGGAGGCUUAGAUGAAUGGAUGAUGAGGGGUGUGGCCUCUUUGAUUGACAGGUGUCUCUCCACGCUAACUCAGUCUCUGAGCUUUAACCUGUGGGUCAUGUUUGAGCCUCUUACAGACCUGUUUUUGGAGAUACCAGACACUAGACCGGGCCCAGAGUUCCUGCUGGUCUUAGAUCAGAGCAGGUGGAGGACGGGUGGAGGACGGGUGGAGGACGGGUGGAGGACGGGUGGAGGACAGGUGGAAGAAUCGUCUGUAUUUUUGUUGUAGAUUUCUGUGUUUCUGUCCUUGGAAAGGUUCUGGUUCCUCCUGAGAAGGUUCUGGUUUCUUCUUAAAAGGUUCUGGUUCCUCCUGAGAAGGUUCUGGUUCCUCCUGAAAAGGUUCUGGUUUCUCCUGAGAAGGUUCUGGUUCCUCCUGAAAAGGUUCUGGUUUCUUCUUAUAAGGUUCUGGUUCCUCCUGAUAAGGUUCUGGUUCCUCCUGAGAAGGUUCUGGUUCCUCCUGAGGUUCUGGUUGGAGUGGUUGAGAUGAAGUUGUGGAGUAGUUUCCUCCUCAGAUGUUGUUGUUUAUCAGCGUUAAUCUGUGGAUUAAUCCUGAGGUGAUCAGCAGUAAUCUGGGCUAAUCCCUCCUCCGCUCAGGUGUUACAUCACUGACACGUUAUCAAACAUCUGCUGACCCGGGUCCAGCAGGUCUCAGGUCAGUCACACAUGUUCCUGUGGUUCUGGUCUUUGGAGACUCGGGUCAGUCAGGUCAUUAAUAAUAUUUCUAAUUUAAUCCACGUCAGAUUAACCCCGCCCCCUGAUUCUGAAGAUAACAAAAACAGGCUCUGCUGGAACAUCAGCUGGACCUGCACCCAAAGGAUUCUGGGAAAACAUCCGAGUCUUCAGAAUGACUCACAGAAACCCGAUCUGAUCGAUAACGACGAAGUUCAGGAUAACGACGAUUUAAUUAACGAGAAAUCAAUUAACAAAGAAAAUCCAGACUAUCAGAGACUCACUAACUCCUCCCUCCUCUCUACUCUCUCUCUGCUCUCUCUUUUCCUCUCUCCUCUCUCCCUCCUCUUCUCUCUCCUCCUUUCCUCCUCUCCUCUCUCUCCUCUCCUCUCCUCUCUCUCUCCUCUUCUCCUCUCUCCUCCUCUCCUCUCCCUCCUCUCCUCCUCUCCUCUCCUCCUCUCCUCUCUCCUCUCUCCUCCUCUCCUCUCCCUCCUCUCCUCCUCUCCUCUCCUCCUCUCCUCUCUCCUCCUCUCCUCUCUCUCCUCUCUCCUCUCCUCCUCCUCUCUUUCCUCUCUCUCCUCCUCUCCUCCUCUCUCUCUCCUCCUCCUCUCUCUCCUCCUCUCUCCUCCUCUCUCUCCUCCUCUCCUCCUCUCUCUCCUCUCCUCCUCUCUCUCCUCUCUCUCCUCCUCUCUCUCUCCUCCUCUCCUCUCCCUCCUCUCUACUCUCUCUCUGCUCUCUCUUUUCCUCUCUCCUCUCUCUCCCUCCUCUUCUCUCUCCUCCUUUCCUCCUCUCCUCUCUCUCCUCUCCUCUCCUCUCUCUCUCCUCUUCUCCUCUCUCCUCCUCUCCUCUCCCUCCUCUCCUCCUCUCCUCUCCUCCUCUCCUCUCUCCUCUCCUCCUCUCCUCUCCCUCCUCUCCUCCUCUCCUCUCCUCCUCUCCUCUCUCCUCCUCUCCUCUCUCUCCUCUCUCCUCUCCUCCUCCUCUCUCUCCUCUCUCUCUCCUCUCCUCCUCUCUCUCUCCUCCUCCUCUCUCUCCUCCUCUCUCCUCCUCUCUCUCCUCCUCUCCUCCUCUCUCUCCUCUCCUCCUCUCUCUCCUCUCUCUCCUCCUCUCUCUCUCCUCCUCUCCUCUCCCUCCUCUCCUCCUCUCUCUCCUCCUCUCCUCUCUUUCCUCCUCUCCUCCUCUCCUCUCUCUCCUCUCCUCUCCUCUCUCUCUCCUCUUCUCCUCUCCUCCUCUCUCUCCUCUCCUCUCCUCCUCUCUCUCCUCCUCUCCUCUCCUCUCCUCUCCUCCUCCUCUCUCUCCUCCUCUCUCCUCCUCUCUCUCCUCCUCCUCUCUCUCCUCUCUCUCCUCCUCUCCUCCUCUCUCUCUCCUCCUCUCCUCUCUCUCCUCUCCUCUCCUCUUCUCCUCUCCCUCCUCUCUCUCCUCCUCUCCUCUCCCUCCUCUCCUCUCCUCCUCUCUCCUCUCUCCUCUCUCCUUCCUCUCCCUCCUCUCCUCUCUCUCUCCUCCUGUCCCUCCUCUCCUCUCCUCCUGUCCUCCUCUCCUCUCCUCCUCUCUCUCUCCUCCUGUCCCUCCUCUCCUCUCCUCCUCCCUCUCUCCUCCUCUCUCUCCUCCUCUCCUCUCCUCCUCUCUCUCCUCCUCUCUCUCUCCUCCUCUCCCUCUCUCUCCUCCUUCCUCUCCUCCUUUCCUCUCUCUCCUCUCUCUCCUCUCCCUCCUCUCUCUCUCCUCUCCUCCUCUCUCUCUCCUCCUCUCUCUCCUCUCCCUCCUCUCUCUCCUCCUCUCCCUCCUCUCUCUGCUCCUCUCCUCCUCUCUCUCUCCUACUCUCCUCCUCUCCUCUCUCUCCUCCUCCUCUCUCCUCCUCCUUUCCUCCUCUCCUCUCCUCCUCUCUCUCCUCCUCUCCUCCUCUCUCUCUCCUCCUCUCUCCUCCUCUCCUCCUCUCUCUCUCCUCCUCUCUCUCCUCCUCUCCUCCUCUCUCUCUCCUCCUCUCUCCUCCUCUCCUCCUCUCUCUCUCCUCCUCUCUCCUCCUCUCUCUCCUCUCUCUCCUCCUCUCUCCUCUGUCUCUCUCUCUCCUCCUCUCUCUCUCCUCCUCUCCUCUCUCUCUCCUCCUCUCUCUCUUCUCUCCUCCUCUCUCUCUCCUCUCCUCCUCUCCUCUCCUCUCCCUCCUCUCUCCUCCUCUCCUCCUCUCCUCUCCUCUCUCCUCCUCUCCUCCUUUCUCUCUCCUCCUCUCUCUCUCCUCUCCUCUCUCCUCCUCUCCUCCUUUCUCUCUCCUCCUCUCUCUCUCCUCCUCUCCUCUCCUCUCUCCUCCUCUCCUCCUUUCUCUCUCCUCCUCUCUCUCUCCUCUCCUCCUCUCCUCCUCUCUCCUCCUCUCCUCUCCCUCCUCUCCUCCUCUCCUCUCCUCCUCUCCUCUCUCCUCUCUCCUCCUCUCCUCUCCCUCGUCCUCUCCUCUCCUCUCCUCCUCUCCUCUCUCCUCCUCUCCUCUCUCUCCUCUCUCCUCUCCUCCUCCUCUCUCUCCUCUCUCUCCUCCUCUCCUCCUCUCUCUCUCCUCCUCCUCUCUCUCCUCCUCUCUCUCCUCUCUCUCUCUCCUCCUCUCCUCCUCUCUCUCCUCCUCUCCUCUCCUCUCCUCUCCUCCUCCUCUCUCUCUCUCCUCCUCUCCUCUCCCUCCUCUCUACUCUCUCUCUGCUCUCUCUUUUCCUCUCUCCUCUCUCUCCCUCCUCUUCUCUCUCCUCCUUUCCUCCUCUCCUCUCUCUCCUCUCCUCUCCUCUCUCUCUCCUCUUCUCCUCUCUCCUCCUCUCCUCUCCCUCCUCUCCUCCUCUCCUCUCCUCCUCUCCUCUCUCCUCUCUCCUCCUCUCCUCUCCCUCCUCUCCUCCUCUCCUCUCUCCUCCUCUCCUCUCUCUCCUCUCUCCUCUCCUCCUCCUCUCCCUCCUCUCUCUGCUCCUCUCCUCCUCUCUCUCUCCUACUCUCCUCCUCUCCUCUCUCUCCUCCUCCUCUCUCCUCCUCCUUUCCUCCUCUCCUCUCCUCCUCUCUCUCUCCUCUCUCUCUCUCCUCCUCUCCUCUCCUCCUCUCCUCCUCUCCUCUCUCCUCCUCUCUCUCCUCCUCUCCUCCUCUCCUCCUCCUCUCUCUCCUCCUCUCCUCCUCUCCCUCCUCUCUCUCCUCUCCUCCUCUCCUCUCUCCUCCUCCCUCUCCUCUCCUCCUCUCCCUCCUCUCCUCUCUCCUCCUCUCCUCCUCUCUCUCUCCUCCUCUCCCUCCUCUCCUCUCCCUCCUCUCCUCUCCUCUCUCCUCCUCUCUCUCCUCUCCUCCUCUCUCUCCUCCUCUCCUCUCCUCCCCCUCUCCUCCUCUCCUCUCCUCCUCUCCUCUCCCUCCUCUCCUCCUCUCCUCCUCCUCCUCUGCUCCUCCCCGUCGUUAAUCUGAUGUAUUCCUGUGGUUUUUAAUCUUAAGUGAAGGAGAAAUAAUCUGCAGAUGAAUCAGGAUGAAAAUAAUCGUCAUUUUUCAGGAUGAUAAAAAUAUCUUUAGAGGGUUCGAUCCUGCUCCUCCUUCAUAGUCUGAGGAGCACUGAGGUUCUGAUGUUCUGAUGGAGGAGGAGGAGGAGGAUGGUGGUGGUGGAGUUCUCCUGAUGGAGCCUCAGACUGUAGAUGACCUCUGAACUCUGUGGUUCAAAUCCUCGUCUCCUCGUUGACUCCUCAGCAGCUCGUGGACACGGUGUCCUCUGGGCUUCUGCCCUGCAGUCAUAUUUCAGGGGUCAUGUGACCCGUGUGUUAGCGGCGGUUGGAUGGUGAUGUCCUUGAGGUGUCGGGUUGAACAGAUGGCUCCUGUCAGACGGGUUUUCUUCUUUUUCUUCUUCUUCUGCUGAAAUAUUGAACCGUUAAAGUGAAGCUGCAGGGAGAGAAGAGCGGCCUGGAGAGACAGUGAAGAGACUCCACCAGCAGGGGGCGCUCACAGGAAAUUAACCCUGAAGAGAGUCCACCGGUCUGUAAAACAGUCAGUUAAUCAGUCAGUCAGUAAAACAGUCAGUUAAUCAGUCAGUAAAUCAGUCAGUAAAACAGUCAGUAAAACAGUCAAUCAGUAAAUCAGUCAGUAAAUCAGUCAGUAAAACAAUCAGUAAAUCAGUCAGUUAAUCAGUCAGUAAAACAGUCAGUAAAUCAGUCAGUUAAUCAGUCAGUUAAUCAGUCAGUAAAACAGUCAGUUAAUCAGUCAGUAAAUCAGUCAGUAAAUCAGUCAGUAAAACAAUCAGUAAAUCAGUCAGUAAAACAAUCAGUAAAUCAGUCAGUAAAACAGUCAGUAAAACAGUCAGUAAAUCAGUCAGUAAAUCAGUCAGUAAAUCAGUCAGUAAAACAGUCAGUCAGUAAAUCAGUAAAUCAGUCAGUAAAACAAUCAGUAAAUCAGUCAGUAAAUCAGUCAGUAAAACAGUCAGUUAAUCAGUCAGUAAAACAGUCAGUUAAUCAGUCAGUAAAUCAGUCAGUAAAACAGUGUGUGUGUGUGUGUGUGUGUUUGUGUGUGUGUGUUUGUGUGUGUGUGUGUGUGUGUGUGUGUGUUUGUUUCCUUCAGGGUUAUUUCUUCAACACCAAUAACCCGUACAGAGACUGGCCGAGCGCCUUCGCCGAGGGUCAGGAGAAAGCCAAAGAGGGCGACCUGAACGCCGCCGUCCUGCUGCUGGAGGCCGCCAUCUUACAGGACCCGCAGGACUCUGAGGUAAACCUGAACCUCGGGUACAGACGCUCGGGUACAGACGGCGGCGUGACUGAACUCUUCUUCUUCGUGUGUUUCAGGCCUGGCAGGUUUUAGGAAUGACUCAGGCUGAGAACGAGAACGAGCAGGCCGCCAUCAUGUCUCUGCAGAGGUCAGACUUCCUGUUUGAGAUAACCAAUCACUUUCCUGCCCUCACUGCUGCUAGCAUGGCAGCUAACCUGUCUCACCUGCUGCAGGUGUCUGGAGCUCCGCCCCAACAACCUGCCGGCCCUCAUGGCGCUCGCCGUCAGCUUCACCAACUGCGGCAUGCAGCGGGAGGCCUGUGACGCUCUGCACCGCUGGGUCUGCCACAACCCCCGAUACAGACACCUGGUCCCAGACCGCAGGAGUCCACUACAGGGUUCCCCGUCCGCGCCGUGCAGGAGCCCCCGAACCGCCACACCUGUCAGGUACAAACACCCGGAGAGUGGAAAUCCAGCCCAACUACAGUACCCAGAAUUCUUAGCUGCAGUUACAGAGAGGUUCGAGGGUCAGGGUUCCUGAGGUUGGUCAGAGCUUACUUUAGGGGGCGCUGCAGGUGUCUGAGGGGGCGUCACAGACCUGCUGCUCCACGUUCAGGACUUGAAGAGUUUCAGACUAAACCAGUCUGAUUAACCCUUUCAUCUCCUGUUCAGACCCGGCCUGCAGGAGGUUCUGCUCCUCUUCCAGGACGCGGCUCUGUUAAAUCUGGACUGUGUGGAUCCGGACCUGCAGACCGGUCUGGGAGUCCUCUUCAACCUGAGCUCAGACUUCAACAAGGCGGUGGAGGCGUUCACCGCAGCUCUGUCU